AUCGAAUGGAAAUUUGUUUUUGCUGUAAGUUCUGUUGUGCAUUCGCUGUGCUCAAUAAAAAGCCGGUGAUCUAAAAUGCUCCCUGCAGUUCGGCGGAGACUCUUAGAAAAAAAGACCCUUUUUUAGUGUCUGAAAAAAUAAACGAGCAGGAUGAGUUUGUUUCAGCUGGAUGAUUUUUUAGCAGGAUGGAUAGGAGGUGCCUCCAGUGUGAUUGUAGGACAUCCACUUGACACUGUGAAGACACGAUUACAAGCUGGAAAAGGCUACAAGAAUGCCUUCCACUGUAUUGUAACCAUAUACAAAAAAGAAACUAUUACUGGCUUUUUCAAAGGCUUGUCCUUCCCACUAGCAAGCAUCACAGUGUAUAACUCAGUGGUGUUUGGCUUCUUCAGCAAUGCUCAAAGAUUUAUCAGUGAUCUUCGGUAUGGUGACAGAAGGCACCCGUGCGAUAUGAUUGACCUUACUGUGGCCAGUAUGAUUACAGGCCUAGUAUCAGUGAGCCUUGGGGCCCCAGUGGACCUGGUCAAAAUCAGACUACAAAUGCAAACUCAACCAAUCCUUGCACAAAACUUCACACUUGCUGGCAAUGGCAGUGUCCCUCUUCGAUCAGUGGGGCUUCAGAAUCAGCGUACAGUGUGUACAGUAUACAGAGGGCCUCUUCACUGCAUCAGCAGCAUCCUGCAGACUGAGGGAAUCCAAGGGCUCUACAGAGGUGCAGGGGCCAUGAUACUCCGUGAUGUGCCCGGUUAUGCCCUUUACUUUAUCCCAUACACACUCUUCUGUGGCUGGAUGAACCCUAACAGUAACAGCUCCCCUCAUCCCUGCUCCAUAUGGCUUGCUGGUGGGUUAGCAGGAUCUAUCUCCUGGGUCACAGCAACACCAGCUGAUGUAGUUAAGAGUCGAAUGCAAGCUGACACAAUGCACCACAGGAAAUAUAGAGGAAUUGUUCACUGCAUCAUACAAAGUUACAAGACAGAGGGAAUACAUGUCUUCUUCCGUGGUGCAUCUGUGAGUGCCGUCAGAGGAUUUCCAAUGAGUGCUACAAUGUUUCUGGGUUAUGAAUUAUCUCUUAAGUAUUUCCGAAGCCUGUGAUAAGUGUCUAAAGUUACACCUAACAUCAACAUUUUUAACAUGGAACAUGUUUAAAGUUGUUUAAUGGUUUUUAAGGUUCAACUGUGUUUUUACUUCUUAUAUUAAGAAAAAUGAAGGCUAUGAAUUGCAUAUGAUUUUAAAAAUCUCAAACUUUUUAUAAAAGCAUUUUAAUAUAUGUAUAUUUAGUCAUUUUUUUCUUUUAUUGACAUGCUUUCUCUAAACAUAAUAUGUUGGGCAGUAAUUUAGUGUUUUAAAAUGCCAUAUUUGCAUGAUUAUUUUAUUUUCAUUUUACCAUAUCAUCAAAAUGAGGUUAUAAUGCAAUCAUGUAAAGUAGCAAAUUUAACAAACACGAUUCUAUAAAAUAUACAGUUGAAUCAGUGGCAUUGAUCUAAGUAAGUAAUAGUAUAUGUUUAUCAAGAUCCAGCAACAUUUGACUGUGGGUUAGUGUCUUAACUCUUUAGUGCAGAAACAGCUGCACUAAAAUGUAGCUUAAACAACCCUCUAAAAACCCACAGACCUAAUCAAGUCAGCACUUUUUGUUAGCUACUUUAGCUAGCUAGAUGGAUACACAUUACUUAUAUUAGUUAUAGGUUUAAAUGGCAAAAAUGAUAUAUAUAAUACAUAUGUUAAAAGGGGUCUAACCCCAUGGACACUGAGCUUAUUUAAAUAAUUAUGUUAGCAGAUACCUGAGGUAUUUUCCCUGAAGUCUGUGUUCAUCCUGCAUCCCCCAACAACCCUGUGGCUUACUGUGCAUAAUUCAAAAGCAAUUUUAAUGUAUUUUUAUUUUAUUAUAAUUAUUGUACUGAUGUAAACUAUUGGAGAGAAUGAAUAUAAAACUGAUGUGAUGUUUCCACUAGGUGGAGAUAUUGUAUAAUAAUCUGUGCUGUGAGUUGUGUGUCGUAUUUAAUAACAGUCACCCUUCACUUGCUUUUUUUAAUUACUUAAUUGUAUAACCCAUUUUUCUGUGUUAAGCUUAAGGUAUUGUUAGACAACCUGUACUCACUGUUGUGGCUUUUAAUUUAAAAUAUCAGGAACGACAACAGUUGUCUUUUUUUUAAUAUAGAACAAAGAUUUAAUGUAAUGAAAUUUUUAAAAGAACUUGUGUUAUUCUAUAAAAGGAUAUCUUAUUAUUGACCAACAUGCACUCAAUAUGUCAGUGAUAUCUUUCCUUAAGAUCUUCAGGUAGCUUUACAUGCAUAUUUAGGAUAUUAAGUAGAACAUAUUGGAUAAUAGUGGAUCAGUGGAAUAGUGGUUACUUGUGUAAAGUGUGUUUGGUGGUAUUUACAGUGCACUUUUAAUGUUUUUCUUUUAUUGUUUAUAUCAUUAAAUAGAAUGCAUUAAACCAUACAGAUGCUAGUGAACUAAAACCUGAAUAUUCUGAAAAGUGGUUAUGUGGCAACAGAUUGCAGUGUUUUUAUAGAUGAAGGUAUUGCUGGCAGGUCAUAAAAUAUCUUCUAGAUAACCCUGUUUACAACCAGUGUAUAAGAGAUCUUGAUUCAGUUACUCAUCACUGUUGAUUCUGAGCAAAAUGAAUCCAAAUAAUCUUUAUAUGACUGAGCAAGAUAAAUAGCAUACGAUCAAUAAUCAUAUGGAAAAGGAUUGAAACUACUUUAUAAAAUCGCAAUAGUAGUAGGAGCACAAAGUACAUGUAUGUAUUUGAAUCCUCUGAAAUGCUUUAGAACUGGUAAAAUGUAAUUAUUUUUGUUAAAAAGUAUUUAUUAUUAUGUACAGUUAAAUAUCCAAUAAAAGCCUACAGUAAGAAAAUGA